AUGUCCUCUUCAUCUUUAUGAAAAUUACAUGAAUGUGCUCACAUGUAAUACAAUCUGAGGGGAACAAGGUUAGACCCAAGAACUUCAGGAUUUUUUCGUAUCAUUCCCUUUAAUCUGUUAAGUAUUUCUGUGACUAAAUAAAAACGAGGGCACAAAUUGUAACAGUAGACAAAGCUUGUUUAUUUUUCAAAUGCAAUUCUCUUUGGGUUUCACCUUUGAAGAACAUGGGAAUUCAAUUGUAUUGGAAUGUACCGGUUGUCUUAUACACUGUGAACAUACAGCACAAGCAGACAUUUAGGAUUUCUUCAAAAAGCAAAAAUAAGUUGCAUGCUAGUUUGUUUCCUAAGGCAUUAAACAUAGUAAAAUACAAAAGAAAGACAUAAGAGACAAUCGUAAGUAACAGGAUGACAGUGCAGUACAAGACUUUUAGUAGCUUUCUAUUUUAGUUAAUAAUAUAGAAUAUAUUUUGUUGCUGAAAUAUUGUUUCCCUUCUCAGACAACCACCCAUUAAGCCUCUUUAAUCUUAAAUGGCUGUAUGUCUAUGACCUUGUGUUUAUAUUUUCAUCAGACUUUUUUUAUUUAAACAGAUAGAAUAAUUAAAUUAUAUUCUUGCCGUUCAGAAACUAAGACAUCACAGUAAAACAGUCACGAGUUUUAAGAACCACCAAAGAAAAGGUUUUUACCCAGAAAUAACCUGGAUCAUCGCAGCUGAGCUCACUCGGCAGCAGGAGAGAAAAGUGAAAUGUCAUACGUCUGAAUUAUAAGAGCAACAGUGACGGAGCUUUAUUCAAACACUGAGUCAUCAGCCUGAAGCACUCUGAUACGUGCCAGCCUGCGCUCAGGGCACUCCGCCUCAGGCGUUCAGCAACAUCCUAUGGUCAAGGAUGUAGUGUGUGAGUGUGUUUGUUUAAAUGUUGUCGUUAUGAUCGGCAGCCCUUUCUUCUCAACAUGCCUGCAGCGAUGCACCUCACUGUACUGCUGGUCCUGUUUGCCGUGACCGUCGAUGCAGACUCAACCUCUUCCCCUACACAAUUGCUGGUAUCACCGUUAAGUCCUAAAGCCCUCACAAGUUCGAUUGUGGAAAAAACACCAAAUGUCGUUUCAUCAACCACCAACAAACCAUCACAGCAGGUCCCCACAAACACAUCAUCGUCAUCGUCAUCACCACCCUCAACUUCGACACAAACACCUAGUACGGCUGAGGAAACCACCAUCAGAAGUCCUACUGAGAGGCCAAUAACCAACCAGACGUCCACCGAGAUACCAAUAACCAACCAGACAUCCACGGAGAUACCAACAACCAACCAGACGUCCACCGAGAUACCAGUAGCCAACCAGACGUCCACCGAGAUACCAGUAGCCAACCAGACGUCCACCAAGAUACCAAUAACCAACCAGACGUCCACCGAGAUACCAGUAGCCAACCAGACGUCCACAGGGAUACCAAUAACCAACCAGACGUCCACCGGGAUACCAGUAACAAACCAGACAGUUACCAAUGGGUCGACAAUCCCACCAACAUCAGGAUCACCAUACGUCACUGCAAACACCACUGUUAACACAACCAGCUCAGCUCUUUCACACGAGAAGGAAGAUGGCUUUGCAUCAAACCCCGGCCUCGUCGCCAUCAUCUGCAUCUUCUGUAUCGUCCUGGUCCUCGCGCUGGUGGUUGCCGCCGUGAAAUGCUCCUCGCGAUCAAGAAACAAUUUUGAGAGGCUUGAAGAUGUGCCCAUGGGCAAAGUCAACGAAGGGUCUCCGUUUGCCCACUACUCAAAAUGACAGAAGAGACUUCGGACACGAUGUCCAGGAGGAGAGUGGUCCGCUGUAGGAGUCUGAUGCUACUGAACACAAAGAAACAUCCACUCCAGCAGUGACUUUAACUUUAGGCACAAAAGAAAAAGACAGCUUGUGUGGUUUUCGCUCUCAGGCCCUUUUAUUUCUUUACAAAGCACUUUUGUCUGUGCUUCUGCCAAAGAGUUCUGACCUCUGACCUGUUUGUCUUGCUGCUCAUAUUUCUGCUGAUUCAAGCUUCUGAAGCUUUAUCAGCCCUUCUUCAGCCUCAACGGUAAAAGCUUUUGAUAUAUGUCCCUCUAAGCACUUCCAAUUCAUUAUUGCACUCUUAUGUGUAAAAAAGGAUGUUAUGCUGCAAGUAUAUGUAGGUUUCACAAUGAAUUUGGAAACCAAAAGCUUGGUAUGCUCACUCUGCAAAUUCAAAUAACUUUGUUUGUUUAACCGUGACUCAUCUGUUAAUGUGUAAUUCUGGCCAUUUAUAUUAUUUCUACCUUUAUGUAAUAAAGCUUUACGGACUCUAGAUAGAACCAUUUUCUUCACAUACACUGGUAACGUAGAUGAUCUUCUACCAAAUCAUAUCCAGGUGGCAAAGCUGCUCUUGUUCAUUAAAUUCAAUUUAUUUAACCAAUGUCAAACAUACAGUUGGUUCUGUUGACACACAGACUUCCACUAGUCACGAAUAAAAUGUUCUAAUAACUAUGUUUAUGCUCGGAGACUGCACUAAAUCCACUUUUUUUCCUUUUGCCCCACCAUCCUUUGUGUGCAUUUAUCACUCAGAUGUAAUGUACAUAACUAUGAUGUUUUCAAUGAAACUAAAUAAAUAUUUCCAGAACACAAA